ACAUGGGUCCGUUGCCGCUCAGACCCAGCAGCUAAGGAGCUCUGCGCCGCGCUCUGCAGGGAACGGGCCCGCCCCCUGUGUGCGCAGGCGCGCGCCGCACCGGGCUCCCACGGUCACUUGGCGCGGGCUGCGCCCGCUAGCCUUACAGACUCAGCUGAAUGGAGGGGCACACAGAAAUGGAGAUGCUAAGAACACAGAAGAGGUCUUCUACAGGGGAGGUCAGUGUGCACCUGCUGACCAGAGACAGCACAGGCUCCAGUCCUCACCUGCCUGCAACUGCCUAUAUUAUUCGUACCAAUGCAGUUCCCCUUGGUCUGCCCAGCACUGUCCUGGAUGUGUCCUAUCCCCGGGAGCAAGUCCAUGUGGGCGCCCUGGAGCGGGUGACUAGCAGUGAGCCAAUUACUGCCACCAUUCUACCACAGCUAAGCACCGGGAAAGGGACCAAUAGCACAGUCAGGCUUCUGGAUUGGACAGGGAUUUCCACACCUUCAGCUUUUCGGAUAAGCGAAUACGUGCCAUUGAAUGUGAUGGGGGUAGAGCGACCACCAAGCCCGGAACGGCAGCAAGACGACCUGGUUGGACAUGAAGAUGGCGCUCCUGGAAGCCACAUGGGCACUCGGCACUCUGAUAUCCACCAGAACUCUCAAGAAGUCAUCUCUCAGGAAACCCCAGAAGACGUGAGCUCCUGCCAGAGUUGUGAGCCUCAGCAAGGCACUGCCCCAGACCUUAGUUCUUCGGGAGUCCGCUGCCCUCCACCUUUCCAAAAGCGAUCAGUCAUAGUAGAGAAUUCAGGCUGUACCAUCGCUUCUGAGCUCCUAAAACCGAUGAAGAAGAGGAAACAUAGGGAGUACCAGAGUACCUCAGAGGAGUCAGAGCCGGAGGCCAUGAAGCAAGAAGAAGGAAAAGAUGCAGAGAGAAGGCCCACCACCCGCCUCCCAGAGAGUGAAGAAUGGAGCAGAACCCAGCCGGGGUCUGGUGAGAAGAAGGAAGGCUGGUCCUGGGAGUCCUACCUGGAGGAGCAGAAGGCUGUCACUGCCCCAGUCAGCCUUUUCCAGGACUCUCAGGCAGUCGCCCAUAACAAGAAUGGCUUCAAACUGGGCAUGAAGCUGGAAGGCAUUGACCCUCAACAUCCGUCCAUGUACUUCAUCCUCACUGUGGCUGAGGUGUGUGGCUACCGCCUACGCCUGCACUUUGAUGGGUAUUCUGAGUGCCAUGACUUCUGGGUCAAUGCCAACUCCCCUGACAUUCAUCCUGCUGGUUGGUUUGAGAAGACUGGGCAUAAGCUGCAGCCUCCCAAAGGUUACAAGGAAGAAGAGUUCAGCUGGAGCCAGUACCUACGCAGUACAAAAGCCCAGGCAGCCCCCAAGCACCUGUUUGUAAGCCAGAGCCACAGUUCUCCUCCAGUGGGCUUCGAGGUGGGCAUGAAGCUGGAGGCUGUGGACCGAAUGAACCCAUCCCUCGUCUGUGUGGCCAGUGUGACUGAUGUGGUGGGCGGCCGCUUCCUGGUGCACUUUGACAACUGGGAUGACACUUACGACUACUGGUGUGAUCCCAGCAGUCCCUACAUCCACCCGGUAGGCUGGUGCCAGAAGCAAGGAAAGCCCCUCACCCCUCCACAAGACUACCCAGAUCCUGAUAGUUUCUGCUGGGAGAAGUAUCUAGAAGAAACUGGGACCUCAGCUGUGCCCACUUGGGCCUUCAAAGUGAGACCCCCUCACAGCUUCCUGGUCAACAUGAAGCUGGAGGCGGUAGACCGCCGGAACCCAGCCCUGAUUCGGGUAGCCAGUGUGGAGGAUGCCGAGGACCAUCGGAUAAAGCUCCACUUUGAUGGCUGGAGUCACAGUUAUGACUUCUGGAUCGAUGCUGACCACCCAGACAUCCACCCUGCAGGCUGGUGCUCCAAGACAGGACAUCCCCUGGAGCCUCCUCUCCGGCCCAGAGAAUCCAGCUCUGCCUCACCUGGGUGCUGCCCCCCUCUCAGCCACAGAAGCCCACCUCACACAAAGCCCUCCAAAUGCAACCUUAACCAGCGGAAGUGCCCGACUCCUGGCUGUGAUGGUUCCGGGCACGUCACAGGCAAGUUCACAGCCCACCACUGCCUCUCUGGCUGCCCGCUGGCCGAGAGGAACCAGAGCCGGCUGAAGGCAGACCUGUCCGACUCAGAGACUGCAGCCAAGAAGAAGAAUCCGUCUAAUUUGUCCCCAAGGAAGAAGCCCCGCCAACAUGGCCGGAUUGGACGCCCUCCAAAGUAUCGCAAGAUUCCGCAGGAUGAUUUCCAAGCCCUUCCUCCCAGUGUGGUACACCAGUCCCUCUUCAUGUCGACCCACCCUGACCGCUCAUUCUCUAUGGGCUGGGAGCAGCAGUGCAAACUUCUGCCAGGAGUGGCGGGCAUCUCAGCCUCCACGGUCUCCAAGUGGACCAUCGAAGAGGUCUUUGGCUUCGUUCAGACCUUGACGGGCUCUGAGGACCAAGCGCGCCUCUUCAAAGAUGAGAUGAUUGACGGCGAGGCCUUCCUUUUGCUGACACAGGCGGACAUUGUGAAGAUCAUGAAUGUCAAGCUGGGCCCAGCCUUGAAGAUCUAUAACGCCAUUCUCAUGUUCAAAAACACUGAUGACACCUUUAAGUGACUGGCCAGGUGGGCCCUCCUCCCAUCCCUCCUCUGAUGGUGCUCCUUUUCUGCACCCUUGUCCUCAUGGUCUGACUAGGGCUGGCCCUUUCCAGAAGGUGGAUGGGAGCAGAGGAGCCUGGGCAAGGGAGUCUAGGUCC